AUGCUAAUUUAUCGUCAAGGUCUGUCUACGACAGCGAAAAUUGACAAACUCUCAAUUCUGGGAGUCCGCUCCUUCGAUAACACGCGCAGUGAGACCAUCCAGUUCCACACCCCUCUCACUUUGAUUGUUGGAUACAACGGGUCUGGGAAAACGACCAUUAUCGAGUGUCUGAAAUAUGCCACGACGGGCGAUCUUCCCCCUAACAGCAAAGGCGGUGCAUUUAUUCACGAUCCGAAAUUAUGUGGCGAAAAAGAGGUGUUGGCCCAGGUGAAGCUGUCCUUCAAGGGCACAUCCGGCGCGAAGAUGGUGGCAACACGCAGUCUUCAGCUUACUGUCAAGAAAACGACGCGGCAGCAGAAGACACUAGAAGGGCAGUUGUUGAUGGUCAAAAAUGGGGAACGUACCGCCAUCUCGUCAAGGGUGGCCGAACUGGACCAGAUCAUGCCACAAUACUUGGGCGUGUCAAAAGCCGUGUUGGAUUCGGUAAUCUUCUGUCACCAGGAUGAAAGUCUGUGGCCCAUGAGCGAGCCAUCCGUGUUGAAGAAAAGGUUCGACGAGAUCUUCGAGGCCAUGAAGUACACCAAGGCUAUCGACAACAUCAAAGCGUUGCGGAAAAAGCAGAACGAAGAACUUGCCAAAUUCAAGAUCAUGGAGCAACAUGCUAAAGAAGACAAAGAUAAGGCAGAUCGUGCAGAGAAACGGUCCGUCAAGCUCCAAGACGAAAUCGAGACAUUGCGUGAGGAGACCCAGAAGAUGUCCAAAGAAAUGCGCCGGGUCGCCGACCUGGCCGAUAAAGCCUGGAGGGAGUCUGAAAGCUAUGCGCAGGUCCUUGGCGCUCUCGAGGGCAAGCGGAUUGAAGCCAAAAGCAUCCAGGCCACCAUCGACAAUCUGAAAAGGCACCUGAUUGAGCUCGACGACUCUGAUGAAUGGCUCCAGUCGACCCUGGAGCAGUUCGAAACCAAGCAGCUCCAGUACCAGCAGCAGGAAGAGGCCCAGAAGGAGAAUUACAUGGAAAUCAGAGAGCGUAUAGAGCAGACUCGCCACCGCUUGGGCCUGAAGCAGGCUGAAAACGGGAAAUACGAGAACGACAAAGCCAAUUUUGAACGGCAGGUCCAACGACGCCAGAACCUGAUUAACGAGAUUGCUCGCGGCAACAACAUUCGCGGCGUCGAUGAAAACAUGGAUCAAGCCGACAUCAAUCCCUUUAUGCAAAAAAUCCGCCGUCUUCUUCGAGAGCAGAAUCAAUCACUGGACCGUGUCAAGCGCGAAGCCCAGAGGGAACUACGUGAGGUCCAGGACACCCUGAAUGAAAUCGGGCAACGGAAAUCUGCCCUGCAAGAAAGCAAAAACGCUGCAAAGCGACAGAUUGCAGCCAACGACAAAGAAGCAGCAACCUACCAAGGGAGGCUUAAUGAAAUCGACGUCGAUGAGGGUGUUCACGCUACCCUGGAAUCAAAAAUUGAAGACAUUACCUCCAGUCUGGAGCACGCAAAAGAGCGUGCGAAGGUUGCUUCCUGGGGCGAAGAGAUCCAGGAUACCAAUACGGAGAUUCGUAGGCUGGAAGACGAGAAUUCGAGGCUGAACGCCGAGCUGAUUGAGUGCACAAAGAAGGCAGGGGAUCUGGCUCGCUUGGACCAUCUUAAAAAGGAAGCAAAAGAUCGGGAGCGCAGCGUGCAAACAAUGAAGGGUGCCCAUGGAGAUCGUCUCGUGAAAGUCGUCAGCUCAGACUGGCAACCCCAGACAGUCGAACGGGACUUCCAACACGCUCUCGACAAUGAAUCUAAGCAAGUGGCUGACGCUGAGAAAGAACGCGAUGGCGUAAAUCGAGAACUGGAACAUGUCGAGUUCAAGCUCAAGAAUGCCAAGAAGAACCUGAAGCAGCGGAAAAAAGAAAUUGAUGAUUGUGUGAAAGAGAUCCACGAAGCAAUCGAUGCGGAGCCUUUCGAGUACCCUGAAAUUGUCAAGGAACGACAAGCUCAAUAUGAUCUCGCUCGCAAAGACGCCGAUCAAUACGCUGGGAUGGGGGAGUAUCUCAACAAGUGUCUCGAGGCUGCGAAACGAGCAAAGUUGUGCCGGACAUGCCAACGGCCUUUCAAGAAUGAUACGGAACUGCAGGGCUUUACCCAGAAACUGGAGAAUCUGGUGAAGAAGGCCGGUCUUGAUGCCGAAGACGAGACUUUAAAACAACUUGAAGAGGACCUCGAAACGGCCCGCGGGGCUAAUGGGUUUUACGACGCGUGGGUGCGUCUCUCUGAGACAGACAUCCCUGAACUAGAGCAGGAAGAGCAAGAAGGGGAAUCUGAGCGAGAUCAACUUCUUGAGAAACUAGAACUCCACGACCGAACAGUCAGCGAGAAGACGGAGUGCAAACGAGAUGUCGAGGCUCUUUCUAAAACGGUCACCACAAUUGCACGAUAUGACUCCGAGCUUAAAACCAUUGGCUCUCAAAUUUCCGAGCUCUCUGCCAAGCAACAAAGCACUUCGAUGGGCCGUACUCUGGACGACAUCCAGGAAGAAAUCACCGCAAACAGUGAGAAGGCCCGGGAAUUGAAGAAAGUUCUCACGAAGAUCACGAACGAGAAAGACCAGACGCAGACGGAGAUUAACAAGCUGGAACUGCAAUUGCGAGACGUCAGGAGCAAUCUAGACAGUGCCAAAUUUCAAUUAGAGAAAAAGGCCGACCUGUUCGUCCGAGUGGAGGAGUACAAGAAGCUCAACAUGCAACAGCGGGAGGCAAUUGAAAAGGCGGACCGGGACAUCGAAAGCCUUACCCCUGAAUUGCUCCAGGCUCAAGUUCGGUAUGAUGAUAUCAGUCAGCGAGCAGAUGUGUGUGAACGAGACCUGCAACACGAGAUUAGUCGCUUGUCGGAGAACAUCAAUCAACUCGAUCUUGCGAACGACGACAUCAACUCAUACAAUGAACGUGGGGGCCCUAGCCAGCUUGAACGCAGCAAACGGGAGCUUCAAGCGAUUGAAGAAGAGAUCAGCAAGCUCGAGGCUGACCAGGGCGAGAUCACGCGGGAAAUCAACAAAAUCUCGAAUCAGCUCAAAGACAGUGAGAAUACAAAACGACAAUACUCUGACAAUCUGACGUAUCGCCAAGCCACGCGCUCUCUCGACACGGUCAUAGAAGAAGUCAACCAACUGGAGGAGCAGAACGCCGAGGUCGAUCGCAGCCGGUUCAAGCAAGAAUCCGAGCGCUGGACUCGUGAACACAACGCCCUUGCUGCGAAGCAGGCUAGCAAGAUGGGUGAGAUGAAGUCCAAGGAUGACCAGCUAAUGCAGCUUCUGGCGGACUGGAACACAGACUACAAAGAUGCGACAUACAAAUACAAGGAAUCCCAUAUCAAAGUGGAGACCACAAAGGCUGCCGUCGACGAUCUUGCGAGAUACGGCGGCGCGCUUGACAAGGCAAUCAUGCGCUAUCACGGCCUAAAGAUGGAAGAAAUCAACGCCAUAAUCAGCGAGCUGUGGCAGAAGACCUACCGUGGAACCGACGUCGACAUGAUCCUGAUUCGCUCCGACAACGAGAACGCAAAGGGCAAUCGGUCUUACAAUUACCGCGUCUGUAUGGUCAAACAGGGCGCCGAGAUGGACAUGCGAGGCCGCUGCAGUGCCGGCCAGAAGGUCCUAGCGAGUAUCAUCAUCCGCCUUGCUCUGGCCGAGUGCUUUGGUGUCAAUUGCGGACUCAUCGCACUCGACGAGCCCACCACCAACCUGGACCGUGACAAUAUCCGGUCUCUCGCCGAGUCCCUGCACGACAUCAUUCGGGCUCGCCAGCAGCAAGCAAAUUUUCAGCUGAUUGUCAUUACCCACGACGAGGAGUUCUUGCGCCAUAUGCAAUGCGGAGACUUCAGCGACUACUACUAUCGGGUCUCACGGAACGAGAAACAAAAGUCGAUCAUUGAGCGGCAGUCCAUUGCCGAGGUCAUGUAA